AUGACGCUAUGCAAUGACGUAACGUCGAAGAGAAAUCACACGCUGAAACCACGAGUCGUCCUACCCGAAAACUAUGUCAAAGAAAUGCGACCACCUUCACGAAAAGGUCAACCCGUCGUCGUCGAGUUCAGCAUUUACGUGGUGGACGUAAACUCUAUUAACGUCGAAGAUAUGGAUUUCAGAGUGGAUAUGUUUAUAAGACAAACUUGGCGAGAGAGUAGACUACAGCUGCCAGAAGAUAUAUUCGAAGAAGGCGAUGACCACGUGACGUUGCCUCCGGAGUUCUUCGACAAUCUCUGGCAUCCUGAUCCGUACUUCCUUAAUUCUAAAGUAACAGAAAUAGCAGAGUUGACGCACAAAUUUUCGUCAGUAACGUUAUACAGAAAUCAGACGGUCCGGUACGCGGCCAGAAUGCACGCAAUCAUUGCCUGCCAGAUGGAAUUUCAACUCUACCCCAUGGACAUACAGUCUUGCCCUAUUUACAUCGAGAGCUUCUCAUAUAGCAAUCAAAAAGUGAGAUUUAAAUGGAGCGACGCCGGUGUCACUAUCAAUCCUGAACUGAAAUUGCUGCAAUAUCACAUUGGCGAGCCAUUGCGUUUGGAAGAGACUAAUGGCUACAUGAUCGAUAAGGAUGGAAACUACUCCAGACUGGUGGUGUACUUCAGAUUCGAGCGACAAAUCGGUCAUCACCUCAUCCAGACCUUUGCUCCAUCUUCUCUUGUGGUCAUGUUGUCCUGGUUUAGUUUUUGGCUGGAUUUGGACGCUAUUCCUGGCCGAGUCACGUUGCUGGUUACUUGUAUGCUAACGCUUGUGACCAUGUUCACAGGACUCAGAGCUGACAUACCACCAGUAGCUUAUGUUAAGGCUCUCGAUCUUUGGAUGGCUGGUUGUAUGAUGUUUGUAUUCGCCGCCCUUGGAGAGUUUGUAGUUGUUAAAGUACUGGACAAACAGUACCAGAUGAACAAGUCUAAAGCUCAAGAAUCAAUGCCGAGAAUAAUACCAGUGCGUUUCAAUGGUGAGAAAGGUUCCUGUGGUACUGUCGCCGCAUGGGAGGGCAGUGGCGUGAGGUGUAGGAAGGUGGAUCUGACUUCUCCCGCGUCCCCUCCUGCGUCGACACCCGCGGUGCAUGCUACCCCGGGCGCCCCCACGCAUCUAGUUAGCGUUGAACGGAGGCAAAGCAUAUUACAGGUUGCUUGGUUAGACGCUGAUACGGGACAAGAAAGAGUGCUAUGGCGUGAAAUUGACAAGCUGUCUAGGGUUGUGUUCCCAGCAUUAUUCCUCCUCUUCGUCACGAUGUACUGGCCAGUCCUAUUGCUGAAGACCAAGACUUCUUCAUAACAUUACGUCCCAGAUUAUAAGGGAGUCAGAUGGUGGCAUGAUUAAAACAUUUUCGUUGUGUUUUAGAUAGAAAUAAGAAAAUUACGUGAUAACUAAGAA